GAAAUUAAAUUCAUGUACACAGAAUUCCUAUAUUCACGAAACACCCCCCUUUCAUUCAAAAUCGCCCACCUACACUAUAUAUACCCUUAUUGUUCUACUCCUCUUUCCUCACAUUCAUUGGACACCAUUAUUUUUUUCACCAAUAGUAUCCACAAUGCAGUACCAAGAAUCGGAGUCAUCCUGGGGAAAUCACAAAAACACAACGGGGAGGCGAAGAUCAUCUUCUUCAGAGUCUUUGGAGAGGGUGGUGAGGCUGGCAUCAAGUAGUGCGGUGGUGAUAUUCAGCUUGAGUACGUGUUGCAUGUGCCAUGCAACGAAGAGGCCAUUUUGUGAGUUGGGAGUGAGCCCAACGGUGUACGAGUUGGACCAAGACUCUAACGGAAAAGGGAUGGAGAGAGCACUCUCCAAACUUCUUGGAAAUUCAUCUAUUGUUCCGGUAGUGUUUAUAGGAGGAGAACUAAUCGGAUCAAUGGACAGAGUUAUGGCUUCUCAUAUUAAUGGAACUCUUGUCCCACUUCUCAGGGAAGCUGGGGCUCUCUGGCUUUAAUUCCAAUGUCAUUUCUUUCCAUUUGGACAAAUGCCAAAUGUCAUCAAUUAGACUCAAAGUAGACCAGACGAACUUUUCUGUUAGCUAAUUUAAUCUUUCUUAGAUUUGAGGGGGGUUAGUUUGUAGAUAGUAAUCUCCUAACCCUCCUUUUAUCCUUGUGUUGUAUGCUGAGGUAAGGCCAAUCCCCCCUCUUGUACUUAUUCUGAAGUUAUAUGACACCCCUGCUAACAAGGGAAAAUUUAAUAAAACGAAAAUUCUUUCCA